UCCAGCGAACUAAUCAUGCCUGAUCCAGUUAAGGCCCCGAAGAAAGGCUCCAAGAAGGCCGUGUCUAAAGCCACCAAGACCGGCAAGAAGAAGAGAAAGACCAGGAAGGAGAGCUACGCCAUCUACGUGUACAAGGUGCUGAAGCAGGUCCACCCCGACACCGGCAUCUCCUCCAAGGCCAUGGGCAUCAUGAACUCCUUUGUGGGGGACAUAUUUGAGCGCAUCGCCGGUGAGGCUUCCCGCCUUGCUCACUACAACAAGCGCUCCACCAUCACCUCCAGGGAGAUCCAGACCGCCGUCCGCCUGCUGCUGCCCGGUGAGCUGGCCAAACACGCCGUGUCUGAGGGCACCAAGGCUGUCACCAAGUACACCAGCUCCAAGUAAAUCUGCUGUUUGUACCAACAACUCAAAGGUCCUUUUCAGGACCACCCACACCUUCACCUGAGAGCUUGAUUCCUUCGAAAUGUGUCACAAAUUCUCAUACUUUAUAUAUUGAUUGUGUUGUUUCUAUUGAAAGACUUAAAGAUAAUUCAUGUUUAAAUUUAAAGGUUACAGUUCCUUCCCAUAUUGUUAGUUGAACAUUACGAGAACGUGUUGUCUACUAUAAAGGUCAUUGACAGUUAAUUAUUUUAAGCGCUAAAAAGUAUAAAUCUGCAAUUAAAUCACCCACUGACAACAGUAACGAGGGUCAAUGAAAACACAAAGGAGAGACUGACUUUCAUCCUCUACCGGAGUUUAUUGAACUAAAUAUAACUGCACUGUAUAUUUUGGCCAUAAUGUGUCACUGCUGCUACACUAAAGUUUGCACGUAAUACUCCGGAGGUUCUCCUGACAAAUACUCAUAAUAAUCCACGUUGAUAUUUACAGCACAAUGAAUAUACAAUAAAUACAUUGAGACUGAG